ACUGCUGACGACACAAGGGCUGUUUUUUUUUUUUUUGUUCCAGUUAGCUGUGCAACCUGUGGUGUUUUUCCUCGUUAACCUCACUUUAACAAACGUUAUGCGGGACUUUUUCCGUGUCCGGUUGGAUGGGCUGAUGACCGGACAACUUCACUGAGACAUCGGCGUUUUCCGAGUGACAUUCAAGUUUCGCGUUUUUCAGCAGAGACCGCGGCGCUUCAGCCAUGGUGCAGCAGUACCAGUCCCCUGUUCGGGUCUACAAGCAGCCGUUCGAGUUAAUAAUGGCGGCUUAUGCCAGGCGUUUCCCGAGGUGCCCGCUGAUCCCCAUGUUCGUGGACAGCGAGGUCCUCAACCAAAGCGAAAGCGAAGACGGCUCCGUGGUGGUUACCGAGAGGCGCUGCACCAUCGACGUCGAAGCCCCCCGGCUUCUCAAACGAAUAGCGGGCGUGGAGUACCUGUACUUCCUGCAGAAGAACACGCUGAACCGCAGAGACAGGACGCUUCACAUCGAGGUCCACAACGAGACCUUUUCCAGCCGAGUGUUCGUUCGCGAAUGCUGCAGCUACACGGUACAUCCAGAGAAUGAGGACUGGACCUGCUUUGAACAAACGGCUAGCCUGGAUAUGAAAUCCUUCUUUGGCUUUGAGAGCACAGCAGAGAAGAUAGCCAUGAAACAGUACGCAAGCAGCAUUAAAAAGGGUAAAGAAAUAAUUGAGUACUACCUCAGAGAGCUAGAGGACGAAGGAGUAACCCACAUACCUCGCUGGACGCCUCCUGUUGAAGGAGGCCUCCUCUCUGCUGACAAAGCCGUCCCUGUGAGCGGCGCCGAUGGUGGGCUUCCUGGCAAAGACUCGGCCCCACCCACAGAGUUAAUGGGCUGCCCUGCUGAUGACAAGUUGGACGCAGACUACAUCAGACGUUACCUUGGUGAUUUAACGCCUCUGCAGGAAAGCUGCCUUAUCCGACUGCGCCAGUGGCUCCAGGAAACCCACAAGGGCAAGAUCCCGAAGGAUCAGCAUGUGCUGCGCUUCCUCAAGGCCAGAGAUUUCAACAUGGACAAGGCCAGAGAGUUUCUGUGCCAUUCUCUGACCUGGAGGAAGCAGCACCAGGUGGAUUUCCUGUUGGACACAUGGAAGCGCCCACAGCUGCUUCAGGAUUACUACACCGGGGGCUGGCACCACCAUGACAGAGACGGCCGCCCUCUUUAUGUUUUGCGUCUCGGCCAGAUGGACACAAAGGGCUUGGUGCGAGCUUUGGGAGAGGAGGUUCUGCUGAGACAGGUCCUUUCCAUUAAUGAGGAGGGACUGAAGCGCUGCGAGGAGAACACCAGACUCUUCGGUCGACCCAUCAGUUGCUGGACAUGCCUGGUGGAUCUGGAGGGUCUGAACAUGCGUCACCUCUGGAGGCCGGGAGUUAAAGCCCUCCUGAGAAUCAUCGAGGCGGUUGAGGCGAACUACCCCGAGACUCUGGGCCGGCUGCUCAUACUGCGCGCACCCAGGAUGUUUCCAGUGCUCUGGACCUUGGUCAGCCCCCUGAUUGAUGAGAACACUCGUAAGAAGUUUCUGGUGUAUGCCGGGAGGGACUACCAGGGUCCUGGAGGCUUAGUGGACUACAUAGACAGAGAGAUUAUCCCUGACUUUCUGGGAGGGGACUGCAUG